CAUAGCUAAGCUGGCAUGUUGCUAGCUAGUCCAUACAGGAAGUGACUUGUUGAGGGAAUGCAAUCAAAUGUAGCGCAAAAUGGGCAGGUUUUAACCUCAACUUAACAUUGAUUGACAGGUGGGGUUGCCAUGGUAACCAGGGCACUAGUUCAAGGAGGCACAUAAAUAAAGUAAUGCCUUGCACAUAUUAGUUAUUUAAGUACUUGUUUGUAUUUUUAGUUAAUUCUUAAAAUUAUUGUUUUACAUUGAACAAGAGAGCACAGCAUACCAAGUCAGAUUCCUUGUGUGUUAAACACCUUUGGCCAAUAAAGCUGAUUCUGAUUAUGAUCAUUUCUGGCUCCUCUUCUCCUCAAUAUUCUCCAAGUAGGGCGUGUCUUUAAGUCACAUUACAUUACAGUACAUUGCGUCACAUCAUAUUUUCUAAGAAAAAGCCUCCUUCACAUUACCUGAUGUGAACACAUUGAGGAAGUGAAUUGUCAUUUGCUCAGGUGUACAGUUGUAACAACAACGAUCGCCAGCAGAUCAUGAACUUGCUUUUGUUAUCAAUGCUAAUUGUGCAAAUACACCGCGGACUGCCUGUGACUUACUCGCUCAAGUAUUUCCACACUGCGUCCUCUCAAGUUACACACUUCCCAGAUUAUGUGGUCGUGGUUUAUAUUGAUGACGUUGAGAUCGGUCACUAUGACAGCAACACAAAGGAAGCAGAAGCCAAACAAGAAUGGAUGAAAAAAUUUACAACGGUGGCUCCAAAGCACUUUUUGUUGCAGACACAAUCAGGUAUUCGUCAUGAAAAGGAGGACAAAAAAGACUUGGAAACUUUUCAGAAGCGCUUCAACCACACUGAAGGUCUUCACAUUUACCAGAGGAUGAAAGGCUGUGAAUGGAAUGAUGAGACUGAUGAAACCAAGAGUUGGAGACAGUCCAGUUAUGAUGGAGAAGAUUUUUUAGCGUUAGACACCAAGACAUGGACAUGGACUGCAGCAAAACCACAAGCCGUCCCAAUCAAACAAAAGUUGGACCAUGAUCGAGCUUAUAUGGAGUACUUAAAGUUUUACCACACUGGGAUCUGCGUUCAUUACUUGAAAACGUAUGUGAACUUUAGUAGAGAUGUCCUAAUGAGAACAGAGCUUCCAAAGGUGUUUCUCCUCCAGAAGACGCCGUCCUCUCCAGUCAGCUGCUUCGCGACAGGUUUCUACCCCAGCAGUGCGGCCUUGUUUUGGAGGAAAGACGGCAAGGAUCUCCGCGAGAACGUGGUGCACGGAGAAAUGCUGCCCAACCACGAUGGAACCUUCCAGAUGACGGUGGAUCUGAAAGUGGAGGUGACUGCCGAAGUGGAGGGCAAGUACGAAUGUGUGUUUCAGCUGUCUGGUGUCAAAGAGGACCUGGUCACCAAGCUGGAGAGAAAAAGCAUCCUGAGCAACGCAAGCGAUGAAGACAACGUGAGGGUUGCCGUCGGAGCCACGGUGGCGGUCUUCAUUGCAGUGAUCCUCGCCAUCGUUGUCGUAGUCGCCAUACGUCACAAGAACAAACAAGCCAACUAUGAUCCAGCUGCUGGUGACGAGGGUACCUAGCGCUCAGAGAACUCAACGGAUGAAAGCAGUCGGAACACAGAUCUUUUGUGCACUGGGACACAGAGCGACCACUGAGGAGCGUGGUCACACUUGAAGACGAGAAGGAGAUGUGCUUUGCUCAUCAUCAAACUGCUCCUCGUGUUACACGGUCUCUUUUUUUAUGUUUAUGUCUUAGAAAACGAGUUACGAUUAAAUGUUUUUGCUGCCUUUGGUGGGAUCACUUGCACUGUAAAACUUGUAUACUUGUAAUUAUGUCUUUUCAUUUUCGUACACAGCUUUGUAAUUCAUUGGCCAAACGCUAUGCACCUCCCAAACACUAGGGGGCGAUUCUAGCCAUUUACCCUUUGUGAACCAAGAAGGAAAUGCUACAUGCUAAUAGCAGUAACUGGUAGAAAAUGGGUCAAAUUGAUAACAUAAUGUUCUACAGCACUUUAAUACAGACGGUAAGUUAAAAAAGGAACAACUUUAUUAUCUAUUACCAAAGGUACAGCCAUUAUACAUCAUUGUGAGUUGUACUCUCACAUAGGAUGGCCAGAUCUUUCUACUUGAAAUUUGAGGCAUUGGUACACUUUUAUCUAUGAAGCCAUAAUUGGGCUAAUGACCUCUUACAUUUGCAAGAUAAUAGCACAAAGAAAUGUAAACUUGUAGGGCUGUGAAUCUUUGGGCACCACACGAUUCGAUUCAGAAUUGAUUCUCGAUUCAAAACCAAUACUUUUUUUUAAUAACAUUAGAUGCCGGUUCUAUGAUUAACUACAUUCCUCCAUCAAAUAAACAGUUAUGAACAAUUUAUAUAUUACAUUGAAGAAAAUUGUUUUUGUUUAAUCAAAUUCUACCCAAACAUUUAAUAAAGUCAAAUACAAAUAAGGUAAGAUAAGUAUCCCACACUUUUUUAAAGUAAAUCUGUUCAGUAGAUAUGAUCAUCUACAUCAACAACAACAUUUGUCUGAGUGGUUGGACAGAACAGAUUGAAAACAAUUAUAAUAAUUUGAAUCCAUUUUUGAUGUUUUUGAAUCGAUUAUCACGGGUGAGUAUUAAAAUUCACUGAACGGAUUUUGCU